AUGACACGCCGCAAGACCGACGCCCUUGGCGGCCUCGACUACAACACCUGCAAAAGAGCCGAGCUCGACACCUUCUGGAGAGCUCGCGUGGGAAAGCCUGUGUCGGGCAAGAUCAAGAAGAAGGCAGAUCUAAUACGGGUAUCGCGUCCUAUUGACAGAUCGCCGGGCGUGUUCAGGUUCCUUGAUCUGCCUGCUGAGAUGCGUAAUAUGGUCUAUGCGGAGCUUCUGUCUGUUGGCGACGAGCGUUGUCAGCCACGAUGUACCUCUCUUAUGGAUGCGAUCAUCACUGACAUUGUGGUGCGGAUUCACAACGAGACGUCGGGUAUACUGUACGCGGACAAUGUUCCCGAAGUUACCGUCACCUGGUGCUCCGUCGUUCGCAUGGGAAUCAUCGAGAGUGUGCAGCGACUGCUCAGCGUCGAGGUGGGAGGCGCCAUGCUGGCUGAGAUUGCCCGUCGCGGAGAGUACUCGUUGCAGAAGGUGACAGAGUGCUGGAAUCAGGCACAACUGAAGAUGUUCAAGCGUAUUGAUGUCAAGAUGUACGUCUACGACGAUACAGCUCCCCCCGGAAUGAUCAUCCAGCAACUAGUACAAAGUGCGAAUCAGGCGUUGUACAGUCUCUGUUCACUCCUUGGAAUGAGUAAAGCGCUUAAGCAGCUUGAUGUACAGUUCCUCAACAUACCAGAAGAUGCGUCAGGGAAGACAUCUCAACUGCUCGAAGUCACCUGGCCAUUACGUCUCCUCGCCAAAGAGGUCGAGAUAUCUGUCAAUGACAAGGAUCAGCCCGUCGACAUCUCCUCAUUCGCAAGCAUACAAGACCUUCGCAAACCUGCAUACGAUUUAUCAGGCAAACUGAUCGCCAUUCAGAACAUAUGCCGCUCCCUGAUGAACACUAUCUCCAAGACUGGCACCCCAUUGGACAAGGAGUUGAAGGAGCUUCGCAUGCUGCGGCAGCUGACAGCCCUACACGUCUACUCAGAAGGAUCUGUCAAACCGUCACGCCACAAGUUGAUGCAGAAAGAUGCUGAGCAGGCUGGACGCAAUUUGCCAGUCAUGGUGGAGGGCAUCUUGAUCGUCGAUAAUCAAUCGAGACUAGCAAUUCAGGAGAGCGCUAUGGAGGAGGUUGAGAAGCUCGAGGUGACCCGCUUGAAGGUGGGAGAGAUUAGGGACAGAGUGCUGCGAUUGUAG